CUUUUUUGAUCCUCUCUACCUUUCCUCCUCCUCCUCCUCCUCGUCCUCUCCUCCUAAUGGCAGCCUCUCCUCUCCUUCUUUGAGCUAAUGAAGCCAUAUCCUUUGCCCAAAAAGUCUGAGACUAUAAGUGCAUAGAGACCACCGAGAUCUGAUAGGACUAAUUUGUCGGAAUUUGAGCAAGUCUGGCGAUCAGCAUUUAGUCCUCCAGCCAUGGGUGAUGAGAAUGUGAAGGUGACCGGAAUCCGGCAGAUAGUCCGAUUUAGAGAGAUGCUCCAGAAAUGGCAUUCCAUUACACUUGGGCCAAAGGAAAAUGAAUCCAAGGCCUCCGGCAUUCCCCCUGCCGUGGACAAGCGCUUGAAGAAUGUGUGCAGCUGUUGUGAUUCAGAUGAGGAGGGCUGCCAGAGCCCGGAGCCUCCACCGGAUGUCCCUAAGGGGUAUAUUCCAAUCUAUGUGGGACCUGAGCAUCGGAGGUUCGUCGUGCCGACAAGUUAUCUGAGCCUGCCAUUGUUUAAGCUACUUCUAGAGAAGGCUGAGGAGGAGUUUGGAUUUGACCAUAGGGGGGCUAUCACAAUCCCUUGCGAGAUUGAGACAUUCAAGUACAUUCUCCAAUGCAUGGAACGGCACCAGAAGGGCCUCAUUGAUGAUCAAGGAAAUCCCACAGGGCUAGGAGAAUGAUCAUAAUGGCUUGUUUGUUUUCAGCUACAGCAUUUAAAGGUCUGACGGCAUUUCCAAUUGCCAAAUAGUUGUUUGGCAAUCAGAGUGUUAGGAUCCCCUUUUUCUUGUAUUGGUGAAGUUUAUGUGGAAUCUGAUGUUCUCAAGAAUCUUGGGCAUAACGAGAUGGAGUGUGCUGAGUCCAUAAAUUUCCCCCCUUCCACUUUUUGAGCUGCAGGGGAUCUAAUGGGGCUCAUCUGACCCACAUUCCCGGUUUCCUCAGUCAUGUAACAUUGGAUUUAUGUCUCAGCAAUUGAUUCUGUUAAACAUGUGAAGCUUGAUGGAGAUGCGUCAUUCUGAUCGCCUUUUUUUUGUCGGCGAUUUCAUGGCUAA